GUGUGUGUGUGUGUGUGUGUGUGUGCGUGUGUUUGUGUGUGUGUGUGUGUGUGUGUCCAACUUCACUAGCCUUUAUUUCCCUCUGUAAUAUCUCUGAGGGAGCCAAGCACAGUCUUUAUAGAGAGACACAGAAGAGAUCUCGCCGCCAUCCCGGAUGCUGCUGCAUGAUGAGUGCCAAGAUGAAGUUGUUGCUGGAGGACUGAUGCCUUGCUGAAGCGCUUCUUCUUCAGCCACUGAACCGCUUCCUUUACUCGUUUGCUCCCUGAAAACCCGUCGUGUUUCCCCUCCUCUCUUUUUCUUUGAUCAUUACCAUACAUGGACCCAUUGCAUUCUCAUUCUCUGUGAGAGCAUCUGAUACUCCAGCUGAUACACAUAUACAUGUAUAAAAAUCACUGAUUUUUUUUAAAAUUCUCACUAAUGCCGCGACAUCUGUCAGUUAUUAUGCUUCUUUUCACAAGGCAAACAAAGCGACCCUUCAGCCAGCAAUACAUUUCACUCGGUGGCUUUUAAAGCCGCAAAUACACGGACAGAGACGUGGGACAACCAGGAAGUUCCGAAAGUACAAUCAAAGGUAAAGGUGGUCAUCCGGAAUAAUGGCUGCCAUCGAGACCGUUCCCAGUUACAGCGCUUCGAUAUGGGUGCAGAUGUGCCACGCGAUCCCUCGCUUCGAUCUGACCAUGCAGACGAGAGACAACGUAUUCACGCCCGACAGCUGGGAAUACCAACAGACUCUCCUGGUUCUCUCCAGUCUUUCAGCCAUUGCACUCGUCCUCUCGCUCCUCGUCGUCCUCUCCUUCCUUAUUCACUACUGCUGCUGUCACCGCGGUGAUGCGGGCAGGGACGAUGAAGAGGAAGAUGACAAUGCCAGCGGUGGCCACGGAUACAGGAAGGGGCGGCGCAUUUGCUGUGUCACAUGGGUGUCUGUGGCAGCUGUGACACUGUGCUGCGUUGCUAUAGGCUUUGGUUUCUACGGUAACAGUGAGGCGAAUGAUGGGAUGUAUCAGUUGACCUCGUCUCUGCUCACUGCCAAUCACACACUGGCUUCCAUCGAUAUGCUGGUUUCAGACACAGUAACAGCUCUGCAGAGGUCCAUCUCAGGCCCCCUGACCUCACUGGAGAAUGUGUUUGGUAGCAAUAAACCCGCUCUGGUGUCCACUCGCUACUGCAGGCGUCUGUCUGAGCGUGUGAUGGCCCUUCUCUCCUCCCUAACGCUAGGAAAGAGCGUGAGCGUUAUCGCAACUAAUGCAAGUGAUGGCAUGGUGGGGGUUGUGACCCCUUUUCUCCCUUCCGUACCCCAGGCUGUGACCUCAAGUUCUACCAGUGCCCCUGCACCCUUCUCCCCAGGCUGGGCAGCUAACAUACUCAUGGUUAAUGAGGACUACAGGUGGCUCUCCUAUGUCCUGCUUCUUCUUUUGGAUCUGGUGGUGUGUCUCUUUAUUCUGCUAGGCUUGGCUAAACAGACCCGAUGGCUCCUCAUUCUGAUGGCAGUACUGGCCUGGUUGUCUUUGUUUUUGAGUUGGGGUUCUCUUGGCCUUGAGACAGCCACAGUGGUGGCACUCAGUGAUUUUUGCUUUGACCCAAACACAUUUGUUCUCAACUCAACACACUUUAACGCUGGGACAAGUACAGAAAUCCUGGAUUACUACUUGACCUGCAGCAGAAAAAUUACCAGCCCCUUCCAGCAGCUGCUGACCCAGUCCCAGAGAGCUUUGUCUAGCAUUCACUCCCACCUCUCCAGUUUAGAGAGAGACACUCUCCCACGCUUCCCCAAAGCAGACAAGCCGCUGAGGGAGGUGCAGCAGAUGCUGAACUCUACUGAGGGAAAUUUUCACCAGCUGGUGGCGCUGCUCAACUGCCGAAGUCUUAACAAGGACUAUAUUGACUCUCUAAAAGGGCUGUGCUAUGAUGGGAUGGAGGGAUUGCUCUAUCUUUCACUGUACUCAUUCCUCUCUGCUCUGGCUUUCACAGCCAUUCUCUGCUCCCUUCCUGGUGCCUGGAGGAGAUUUUCCAGAGACUCAGAGGAAUAUGACGACUCGGACAGCGAGAGUGAGGACCCCUUCACUUCCCAUCAGGCACGUAGACAGACGGCCAGGGGGUCCCAGCGCGGGGCCUUGCCCCCCUUCUAUAGUUACCAGGGGGCUGGCUGGACAUCCCCCUUUUCUAGCGCGCCUCCGUUGCCGACUCCAAACACUUCCUCCAAUGGCAACCCUGGUUAUGAGAGCCUGCCUCUGAGUGACAGGCAGUCCCCACCCCCCUCUUACAGUACUCUCCCAGCAUGCUGACAGGCUAUACGGGUAGACAAACACAUCCCAACUCUGCCCAUUCAAGGAACCUGAACUCGCGCUAAUUUGUUUGUAUAGUAUUAAAAAAAUGCUUUAUCGAUCUAUAUAUAUAUAUAGCAAAUAUUUAGUUUUAAUAUGGAUGGACACUUUACUGAGAGACUAAUUUAAAACGAUGUUGGAAUGCUAGAUGUUAAAAUCCACUGCAGAACGUCAGGACCACUGAGAUUUAAGGAGAAAGAACAAAUAAAUGAAGGUUAAAAUAAUCUGAGCUCCCCUCCCAUCAACCUGUUCAGUGUGGUGUUUACCGGAGACAGGAGACUGGACGGUACUGAUGUUGCCAGAUUGAUGUUACUUUAUUACUCUAUUUUUAAAAUUGUAUUGCUACUUUGUUUUUUGGAGUUUUUAUAUUGAAUGCUAAGUCACAAACACACCAGAAUAAUGGCACAAGUUUUCUGUAUGACAACUUAAUGGGCACUGGAUUUUUUUUUGGUUUUGUUUUCUAAAGAUUUGACCGCACCUUUUUUUAAUAGAUGGCAAUUGUGUAUUACCUUGUAUUCCCUCUGAUACUAUAUAUCAUAUUGCUAUAUGAUACAAAUAUACUGUAUAUUCACUGUAAAUGAUGUUAUGUUUAAGUGUUGCACUUUUCAUGCAUAAAAUGAGAAUGAUACGAAGAUGAACACGAAUAAAGAGAGAGCUACGGUCAUUGCAGCAAAACAACCUCUGCCAUUGCCUGCAUUGCCGUAGCCAUAAUGUACACAGCAAUAAUAAGUGAUGAAGCACAUGUCUGCAAAUUAGGGUUAAUUCAACAUAAAAAAAAAUCCACUUCGUUCGGUAACCUAACAAAACAUUUAUAGAUGCUAAUAACAUUAUGUUGAUAUUAUACAUAGUUUGUCCAUCUGAACAAAAUGUUUGUUUUUGCCAUUUUGAUAUGAGAAAGCUAAUUUUACUGCCAAAUACUCAGUACAAAAUUGUGCAGAUGUGCCUAUUUAUACAUUUACAUUUGUAAAGCUAAUUACCUUUGCAGGUAAUAAUAUAUAUAAAAAAAAUUAAUAAAUGAACAUUUUCUCAAGUGAAUCUUAUUGAAACAUAAGAAGUGAUAGAGCUUUUUUGUGAUUAUUGCGCUGACUAAUGGAAGUGUAUCAACCCUAAUUUGCAGGAUUGUUCUCUCAACACCACCGUGUGUUCUGUGUAUCUGUGGGUGAUUCAGGGUCCUCUUGAGAUGUUUUGUGUGUGUAUGUAUACACAUAAAUAUACUCAAUUUGCCAUUGCAUUAAUCCCAACCUUCCCUGUCCUACUCUUAUUAAUCCAAUAGCCCUGUGUUUCUAUGGUUUUAAUGCUCCUUUGAAUGGACUACUUUUUUCACUACUGAGACUAAAUAUAAAUCAAAUAAAACUAACAAAGGUGGAA